GUAAAGUUAUUGACUAUUGUUGUAAUGUUAAUUAUGAAGUUGAAUACCAAAUUUUUCUACUACAAGUCUUCCAUAUUGGCAUUUGUAAAGUUAUUGACUAUUGUUGCAAUAUUCAUUUUCACGUUGAAUACCAAAUUUUUCUACUACAAGUCUUCCAUAUUGGCAUGUGUAAAGUUAUUGACUAUUGUUGUAAUGUUCAUGUUCACGUUGAAUACCAAAUUUUUCUACUACAAGUCUGCCAUAUUGGCAUUUGUAAAGUUAUUGACUAUUGUUGUUAUGUUAAUUAUGAAGUUGAAUACCAAAUUUUUCUACUACAAGUCUUCCAUAUUGGCAUUUGUAAAGUUAUUGACUAAUGUUGUAAUGUUCAUGUUCACGUUGAAUACCAAAUUUUUCUACUACAAGUCUUCCAUAUUGGCAUUUGUAAAGUUAUUGACUAUUGUUGUAAUGUUCAUGUUCACGUUGAAUACCAAAUUUUUCUACUACAAGUCUUCCAUAUUGGCAUUUGUAAAGUUAUUGACUAUUGUUGUAAUGUUCAUGUUCACGUUGAAUACCAAAUUUUUCUACUUCAAGUCAUAUUGUAUGCCCAUUGGGAUUGUGCAUGAUCCAGCUGGUCAAACGCUCUCCUGAUGCACCGCCCCAUAUAUUCUGAAUACAUUACAAAAGAAAAACACAAUGAAUACAAACAUAACUAGAAGUUUGACAUUUAACGAGUUCAGACUCCAGAUGACAGAGUAUUUUUAUCGCA